CAGAAAAUCUAUUAACCUCCCGUUAGCAGUUAACCGACAUUUGUGAAACUGGCCCUUAGUGUUUAAUGUUUAUAUUUAAUCUUAAUUAGUUUAUGCGUACAAAAUGCACGUGAAAACAUGCGGUUAGGUUAGGUACAUUGGACUGCGUUUCGCAUAGUGGAGAUGAGUGGAAAACAGAUCGGCUGUCGAUUUCUCCUACUGCAAUAAUUGUGCAUAUUUGAAGAGUUUUUUUGUAAGUGUAAAGCAUACAAAGAAAGAUCAGUUUCAAGUGAAUAAAAUAGAAGUAUCUAAUAUUGGUCUUUCAAAAUGCAAGAUCCAAAUGAAGAUACCGAAUGGAAUGAUAUUCUUAGGAGGAAAGGUAUUAUACCUGAGAAGGAAAAGGAACGGGAAGUUACCGAGGAUCAGAUAGUAAAUCUCUUGGAGAGUACGAUAGAUGAAAAAACGGGACGUGCUUUUGCAGCUCCUAACAGUUUAGAAGAGAAGACUUUGGAUGAGUUAGAUGAGUUGGAAGACGAAGAGGAUGAACGAGUUCUGGAGGAAUACCGACAAAAGAGGAUAGCAGAGAUGAAGGAGCUAGCAAGCAAGUGUAAAUAUGGAAAUAUGCAAGAGAUAUCUGCGGUAGAUUACGUUAACGAAGUCAACAACGCUGGAGAGGACGUUUGGGUUGUUUUACACCUCUACAAGGCUGGCAUUCCACUCUGUACUCUAAUCAAUCAGUACCUUGCCAGUAUAGCGAAAAAGUUUCCUGCCACCAAGUUUUUGAAAAGCAUCUCCACUACUUGUAUCCCCAACUGGCCUGAUAGCAAUCUUCCUACAAUAUUCAUUUAUUACAAUGGAAAUAUGGUGAAACAGAUUAUCGGACCACUCGAAUUCCGUGGCAUGAAACUGACUGAAGCAGAAUUAGAAUGGAUGUUGGGACAAACAGAAGCGGUACCAACAAAGAUCAAGGAAGAUCCUCGGCCAAAAAUCAAUGAUGUCUUAUUUUCAAGCUUAAAGAAUGGAAACGAUAUUGAUGAUAGUAAUGACUGGUAAAUUUAUCUACAUGGGAGGUUAUUAAGAGAUUAAUGCAUAUAGAUACAAUAAGUAUUAUCAGAUUAAUGGUGUUUCACAUUUUAUUUAUUUUAUUAUGUCAAAUGAAUUCAUUAUUUGUAAAAGUGCAAUUUUUAAAACUACUUAUACCGGUAAUUUUAAUAAAAUAUUUUAUUAUAAUGUUA